GAAUCCUGACCACCCACCCCAAAGAAAAGAACAAGUCCAACUCUAACUCUCCCAGGCGGCAACUAGGCGCAUCAUUCAUCACAGCAAAAACCUCCACCACCUUGGAAACAAGCAAUGGCGAGGCAGCAGCUCAAGUUGUGGCCUUCUUCGUGGGUGUCGGCGGCGGCGGACACGGCGUCGUGGUGCUUGGCGCUGUCGCUGGUGGCGCUGCUGCUGGUGUGCUCGCUCGGCGCCGGCGGGGCGGGGGCAGGGGAGGCCAUGCUGCCGCAGGUGCGCGGCGCGGCGCUGUCGGCGCGGCCGUGCGAGGAGAUCUACGUGGUGGCGGAGGGCGAGACGCUGCACAGCAUCAGCGACAAGUGCGGCGACCCCUACAUCCUGGAGCAGAACCCGCACGUGCACGACCCCGACGACGUCUUCCCCGGCCUCGUCCUCAAGAUCACGCCAUCCAAGCCCAGGUAGAAGUAGAACCAUCGAUCCAAGUCAUCACUCAUCACCCGCCGUGCGAUCUGUUGUCAUCUAUGAUUGAGGGCAAGCACAAAACACAACUACACAAUUGCUCUGUUGCUGUUCUGUUGGAGCAAAUCAAGGAUGCUCUGCACUCUGCAUCAGUGUAGUGUAGCAAUGCAGAGUAGGUAGCAGCUCUGACUGAAUGAAGCGUGGUUUGGCCGACUGCCUGUGUACACGGGACAUCACUUGUGAAUGGAGAAGUUCAUGAGAUGAACGGAGUAUAU